CUUCUCAUAGUUCCUCCCAAAUCUCCGCAGCUUCUCAGGUAGAGUUUGUGUUUUUUCUUUAAUCGUAGGAGAAGAUGAGUAGAGGAAGCAGCGGAGCCACCAAGGGUGGGAAGAAGAAGGGAGCAACCUUCGUGAUUGAUUUCUCAAAGCCUGUUAAGGAUAAGAUCAUGGAUAUCGCUUCACUGGAGAAGUUUCUGCAGGAGCGCAUCAAGGUCGGAGGAAAGGUUGGAGCUCUUGGUGAUAUCGUCACUGUCACCCGUGACAAAACAAAAAUCACUGUCACCUCCGAGAGCACUUUCUCCAAGCGGUAUCUGAAGUACCUGACCAAGAAGUAUCUCAAGAAGAACAAUGUCCGUGAUUGGCUCAGAGUUAUUUCUGCAAACAAGGAUCGCAAUGUCUAUGAGCUGAGGUACUUCAACAUUGCUGAGAAUAAGGCUGAGGAGGAAGAUUGAGGAGCUGGAAUCUCAAUUGAAUCU